CAGGGGCGGACUGACCAUUUGGAAACUCGGGCACUGCCCGAGGGCCCGGGGUCAGUGGGGGGCCCCAUGAGAUGCCCCUGGUACCUUUUUCAUAGGCUUUUUUGAGUUUGGGCAAGGACACAGGGGCCCCAUGAUCCCUAUUGCCCGGGGGCCCCAUGAGUUGUCAGUCCGCCCCUGGUGCCAAUUGAGCAGGGGAAAUCUGGCAGGGCAGUUGUACAGAUGUAGAUUGACUUCUGUACAACCACAGUGCACAUACAUG